UACGCAUGACCUAUUGUCCUACUCUUGAUAUGGAUCGGAAGUUCAAUUACCAGAAUGGUCGCUAUCUCACAUGUAGUAAAGACGGAUUUAUAAACUAUUGGAACUUGGAUAUGGUCAACGAGAAAACUUGUAUUGCAAAAUUGCCUCCAGGAAAAAUAGCGGCCAACGCUAGAGUCCUGGACAUGGUGUGUAUGCCGGAUGUGAGUGUCGUCUGUGUCUGCUCCAUCCUCCGAGAUUUGCGCUUCUACGACACGGCUGCCAGGAAGUUCGAACUCAGAGUUAUGGUAACCGACAUAACAUGGCCAAUAACCUGUUUGAAUUACUCGUUUAGUCAAAAUAUUGAGGAAGAUUCCAAGCUGAUAAUGGGCGACACAGCAGGUAGUGUGUUCAUAAUGGUGUUCAACAGUAAAGAGAGAGGUCCCUUCACACAGAAGCCUGGGAUCGAUGUUACCACUAUGAAAUUCGAAUCCAUUGUGAAAGGUGAGCACAAGCAGUUUAGCGUGCUGCAAUUCGUGAACGUGCAUAGUGACAGCGUGUGCCAGGUGCAGUUGAAUGCUACCAACACGUUCUUCUCGUGCGCGACCACUCCACACGCGUCACUGCUGUUGUGUGACGUCACACGUGUACGCAAGCCUUACGUCUUCAAUGUGCCUGGUCUGGGCAUUCUUGUUUUGCCUAUGACGAAGAUCUUCAUCUACUGGUGACGGGUGGUGGGGAUGGUCUUCUAAGGCUAUGGAAUCCAUACGUGCCACAGAAAAAUAGCGGAACUUGCAAGAAGCACGAUGCCAAAGUCUGUGCUAUCACCAUUCAAAAGGAGCAUCAUCUCAUCUAUUCGAUAUCCAAGGAUCGCUGCUUAAAAGUGUGGGACUCCCGUACUAAGCGCUGUAUUAGAACUUUGGAUGGCCUGAUGGAUAUUGGAAAAAACGCGCCCAGUAUUGCCAUAUUUUAUAAUCCAGAAACUCAUUUACUUAUGGCCGCUAGUGUUAAAAUUGCUCUCAUCACGUGUUGAG